AUGGCCCCUAUCCCUCGUCAACAUAUCGACGCAAACACGCCACUACACAAACUAUCUCGCCGCGACGCAGAAGGUGGACGAGUAGCAGGCUGGCUCGUCGGCUGUCUCCUAGCAGCCGUGCUCGCGUGCGCCAUCAUAUACUACUGCUUCAACUGCCACUUUUCACCCAAAAAGAAGACCAAGAAAGGAGAUACCGAGCAUCAUCACAAACCACAUAAACACCCAAUGAUGCACCACGCACACCCCACGACACGGGGACACACUCAUGGACAUACUGCCUUCGCACACCGAGACGAAAUCCCACAUACUCACAGGUGGACUCAUCAUCACCACAGACGAGCUCACCACCACCACCAAAAACGCCCAAAGAAGAAGACCAAGACCAAGAAGAAGGCAAAAUCAAAGAAGAGGGCCAGCAAGAAUGGCCGUGGCAAGUCUCGUGGUGUUGAGGUGAGGUUCAUGCCGAUGCCGCCGAUGGAGAUGCCUAUGGGGGUUGGCAUGCCGAUAGCUCCGGCACCGGUGGCCGGUAUGGGCAUGGGCAUGGGACUGGGCGACGUCGGCAUCGGCGUCGGCAUAGGGGUGAUGGGUGACGAUUUCGUCGAUUAUGGGCCGCCGCCUGGGGACAUCGACCCAGGGACAGAGAUCGGUUGGGGCGUUGAUCCCAUGUUCCCACUGCAGCGAUUUAUGGAUGACAAUUAUUCUGAUGCUGAUGAAGACAUGGAAGUGGGCUGCAACGAAUGCUGUUUUUCUUUCUUUGAUGCUCUUUGCGGCGUUGAGCCCGGGAGCCGGGACCUGAGGAGGGAGGCAGCUGGCGAUGGGCCAAUACCCCUGGAUGACAAUGAGAUGGCGGCUGAUUGA